UGUGCUAUUUACACGGCAGAGAUUUCUCUAUCGUCGGUCCGCUGGCGGAUACGGAGUCUCUAGAUGUCGUUUUUGAAAAGUUGAAUCUGCUGGUCAGGUUAAAGAUCUCGGCGAUCUUGCACAUCACACUCACUAGGUACUCACUUGACCCUUUGAUUACAGACUUGGCACUUUGUUGGCACUAAGUUGUUGACAAGUUAUUGGCGCGAACUUGAGAAGACGAAAAUUUGUUUAGUUAAAGGCUGAUCGACCUUCACACAUGGACAAAGCAAUCCAGAACUCCUCUGGAGCACCAAGCUCGGAUCUAAUUACUAUCCCCAUUCUUUUCCCGUAGACCACAAUUCAAGUCUUCUGAACACGGCUGAACAUGAUACUCCCACAUGGACCAACCCUCAAGGACCAACCCUCAUGGACCAACCCACAUGAAUCAACCCACAUGGACCAACCCUCAUUGACCAAUCCACAUGGACCAAAUCUCAAGGACCAACCUACAUGGACCAAUCCACAAGGACCAACCCUCAUGGACCAAUCCACAAGGACCAACCCUCAUGGAACAACCCACAUGGACCAACUCUCAUUGACCAACCCACAAGGACCAACCCUCAUGGACCAACCCACAUGGAACAACCCACAAGGACCAACCCUCAUUGACCAACCCACAAGGACCAAUCCACAUGGACCAACCCACAUGGACCAAUCCACAAGGACCAACCCACAUGGACCAACCCUCAAGGACCAACCCACAUGGACCAACCUUCAAGGAACAACCCUCAAGGAACAACCCACAUGGACCAACCCUCAAGGAACAACCCACAUGGACCAACCUUCAAGGAACAACCCACAUGGACCAACCCUCAAGGACCAACCCACAUGGACCAACCUUCAAGGAACAACCCUCAAGGAACAACCCUCAAGGAACAACCCACAUGGACCAACCCUCAAGGAACAACCCACAUGGACCAACCCUCAAGGACCAACCCACAUGGAACAACCCUCAAGGAACAACCCACAUGGACCAACCCUCAAGGACCAACCCACAAGGAACGUCCCACAUGGACCAACCCUCAAGGAACAACCCACAUGGACCAACCCUCAAGGAACAACCCACAUGGACCAACCCACAAGGAAUAACCCACAUGGAAGAACCCACAUGGAAGAACCCACAAGGACCAACUCUAGAUGUACACUCACACAUCACACCAUAUGAUUUGAUUACGUGUAUAAAUUAUAAACCUCUUUGAAAAUGUGAUAAGACUUUUGGUAUCUCUGUAGAAAUUAUACUUAUACACACCUUUUUGGACAACUUUAGAAAUGUGACACUCCGGACUGGAAAUGUGAAAAGAAUUUUGUGUCAUCGUAAAAUCCAAUUUUAUAAUGAAACAAUUGUAUUAGAUAUUAAAAACACACAUCAGGUAAAAUAAAACUCCACAGAUGUGCUCAUUAUUUAUUUCCCAGAAGUUUACUUUUAUAUUACAACAGAACUUUCAA